CGGAGGGAGAGAGACCACUCACUCAUGGCUUAAUUUGCCUUAAGCACCAAAACAAAGAAGAAGAUAUUUAAGGGAAAAAAAAAAAAGAGCUCAUCGUGAUUAACAAAACGGCCCCGGGAGGUCGGCUUAAGCUCGGGAGAGUGUACAGUGUACAGUCAAAGCAGCGUCAAAGAUUGGAUUCGUGUUUUGUUUUAGUUUUCCCAGAAACCUGCUUGGUCUCACAACAGAGCCAACCCCGACACCCUUCACUUGCUCUGUUUUUAAGCAGCUCAGUCCUCUCUGUUCUUCUUCUACUUGUUAUUAGUUUCUGCGCGGCGAAGAUUACGUGGAGAAGACAAACACGGGGAGAGAGAUGGAGGAGAAGUGUGAAGGAGAUAACAAGGUUGACGAUGUAAUGCUUCCCGGGUUUAGGUUCCACCCGACGGACGAGGAGCUCGUCGCGUUCUACCUCAGGAGGAAGAUUCAGGGGAGAGCUCUCCCUAUCGAGCUCAUCAAGCAAGUCGAUAUUUACAAAUAUGAUCCUUGGGACCUUCCUAAAUUUGCGACGACGGGAGAGAAGGAGUGGUACUUCUACUGUCCGAGGGACCGCAAGUACCGGAACAGCGCCCGCCCGAACAGGGUUACAGGAGCUGGUUUCUGGAAAGCCACCGGGACGGACAGGCCCAUCUACUCCUCAGAGGGGACAAAGUGCAUCGGGUUGAAGAAGUCACUCGUGUUCUACCGUGGCAGGGCUGCCAAGGGCAUCAAGACUGACUGGAUGAUGCACGAGUUUCGGCUUCCUUCUAUCCCAGCCGACUCGAACCCGCCUAAUAAGAAGUUCUUGGACAGAACCAUUCCCCCAAAUGAUUCAUGGGCUAUUUGUAGGAUAUUCAAGAAAACAAACUCUAUGGCUCAACAGAGGGCUCUCUCGCAUCACUGGGGCUCGCAAUUCCCAGAACCAGAAGGAGCCAACCCGCUCGGCCAAAGUUCUCACGGCACUUCUCAGUUCAGCCCCGAGAACGUGUCUUGCAUGACCGACAUAGGUUCGGUCAUUCAGUUAGCCACCGGCAGCAACAAUGACCUGCAACAUUUUAACACCUUUUUCUCCACGGCGGACAUUCAAUCAUACAGACUGAAUAUUCCAAACGUUUGUAAGUCAUCAGGUCUCCCGGUCUCUAAUGGAGAAGUCCUGAACAAUUUCAUGUUCUCUCCGCUUGGAGUCACGGGACCAGCAAAGUCUUCAGUCGAGACCUCCAUGAUCCUCGGUCCCUCCCUCAUAGCAGAUGGGAGCAAAUCCUCUGAAAGUACAGAUUUCGAAGGGCCACAGCAAUUUAUGGGAGGGUUCUCGAUCGGUUUGGCCAGUGAUAUGCAAGCAAGCAUGGGCACAGGAGGGGUGGGAGAGGAAACCGGUACGAGAAAGGAUACAGGCGGGGGCCAUGCCAACGGCCAGUGGGCGAUACCGCCACGGUCGGUGACAUUUCCCUUCAGUCUGCCUACGAAUAUGCUGUGGGACUCACCUCCAUGCCCGAGCGACAUGUCCACCGGCUUUUCAACCAACAAAUGCUAUACUUAAUGGAUCAAAUCACAAACUUUUAGGCGUAGCCGCUUUUCCUGCCCAUUGGGUGAUUGCUUGGAAGAUGAUAUUACAGCAGAAAGGUUGAUGUCCCAUUCAAAGCUGUUAUUGUACAGUUAUAUUAAGUGCUCUUCAAUUUAUAAUUGUUAGAACUUAAGUUCUCUUCGAUGUUCUUCCUGUGUCCCGGUCACCCUCCGUCUCUCAAAGCAGCCAGCAGUGUACUCUGCCUCUGAUGUACUUCUCUACUCAAUCGCAAACCAAGUCUACCUGAUCA